GCUUAGGCAUCACUAUUGAAAAUAAUCGUUUGUGAAAUUGCAAAUUGUGCAGUCCUUUGUUUAAAUAAAGGAGCAAAAUUUUGUAUUUUAAAUACAUUAAAUUAGUUGCUAGUUUCAAAUCGAAAAGUCUUUGAUACGAAAUUCGUAUUUGGUGCUUAGUGAAACUAAAAUUAAAGCUUCAGCACAAAUAUUCGAGUAUUCCCACGCAACUGAGACUCGCUCGAUCACGGCCAGUGCCAUUGCUAUUGCCAUUUCCGCAUCUAAUUGAUUUUCAUUGUCAUCCAGUUUUAAACCGAAAAAAUGGAUGACAAACACCGCAAAAUAAUAAAAGAUAACAUCACUAAACUUAUCCAACACACCGAUUUUAAACGCCUUCUCCAAGCAUGUAAGACAGAGGGCUUACUCUCAGCAGGAAUGGUUAAUAAUCUUCAUAUAGAUUCUAAAAAUAUGCUAGAAGUUGAUGGAACUCACACAUUAGAAGAAAUUAAACACCAAAAACUGUUUGAAAAAAUUACUCACAGAGGGCCAGAAGCAUUCGACAAAUUGAAAAAAAUUCUUACAUAUUUGGACUAUGUUGAGGCGCUUCAAAUUUUGGAAAGAGAGAAAGAAUUUCAACGUAUCAGAGAUAAUCGCCCAAAUUUCACCCAACACAGCUCUUACGUCCCCGAAAAGGAAAUUGACCCCGUACCAACGCCAGCCGUCGAUUUACCCGAUAGUCUUCAAUUAAGUGAGGAACAGAACUCUAUACUUAUUCCAAAUGAAUUCUUAGACUCAGUUGAACCAAAAGUGAAAUAUGAAGUGAAGAAAACUGUUCAAAUGAUUACAAAUGAUAAAAUUGGAACGUAUAGCAUGAAAUCAAAGGAUAACCGUGGAAUCUUAUUUUUAGUAAAUAACAUAAAAUUUGAUACGGAUUAUCGAAAUGGAGCUGAAAAUGACAGUGCUGCAUUAAUUUAUGUAUUUAGACAAUUGGGUUUUAAAAUAUUCAAUUUGAAAGAUGUCUCGCAAAAGUUGUUUUUCGAUUAUCUAGAAAAGCUACUUAAAUCUGAAUACACACGAAAGACUGAAUGCUUCAUAUUGGCAUUAAUGAGUCACGGCGAGCUGAAUACAAAAAAAGAAGAAGUCGUAGGAUUCAGUGAUGGCUCAACAGUAAAAGUGCAAUUAAUAAUCGACCAUUUUUCUAAUGUUAAAUGCCCUAAUUUACUAGAAAAACCAAAGGUACUUAUAUUCCCAUUUUGUCGUGGGCCCAUUGAAGAAAGAGGUAAUAUGACUAACACGGAGUCUGACACAAUGUCUUAUACCCAAGACAAAGACAAUAACACUGCUAUGAUGUAUAAAGAGUCCGAUUUACUUAUUUGCUUUGCUACUAAUAAGGGAUUUAAGUCAUUUAGGGAUCAGAAGAAUGGUUCUUGGUAUGUACAAGAACUUUGUAAGGUCAUCGCCGAACACGCUCAUGAUACUGAUUUUCAAGAUAUAAUUAAAAUAGUGCAACGAAAUGUGAGUAAAAUGUUUUCUGAAAACGGUGGUAUACAAAUGGGUAAUUCUCAUGACCUUGGAUUUAACUAUAAAUUAUUUCUUAAUCCUGGUUUUUCAGAGGAAUGAAAACAAAUUGUUUCCAUGCGCAUGCAUAUGUGCACUAUUUAUUGCAUUAUAAGCUAAUAAGUAAUUUUUAUAAUUGAAAUUUUUUAUACAACUAUAUAUGUAUUUUCUA